UAGCGUGUGGGACGCCACGAAUUCCGUUUGGAGGCAUCUUUGAGCUCGCGCAGUAGACACCAUGAGCAAAGCUCACCCUCCCGAGUUGAAAAAAUUUAUGGACAAGAAAUUGUCAUUGAAAUUAAAUGGUAGCAGACAUGUCCAAGGAAUAUUGCGGGGGUUCGAUCCGUUUAUGAAUCUUGUGAUAGAUGAAUGUGUGGAGAUGGCAGCUAGUGGGCAACAGAACAAUGUUGGAAUGGUGGUAAUACGAGGACAGAGUAUCAUCAUGUUAGAAGCCUUGGAGCGAGUAUAA